GGAAUUAGGAGUGUACGAGGUGCUGUGAAGGCAUCAGGACGGAGCUGGGGGAGAAACUGCCAGCAGGGACACAGGAGCAGACAAAUAGCUUGUUUGUGCACUUAGUGUCUGUACAUAUAGAGACACUAAGUGCAGCCUCGUGAGACACAGGAAAAUGUUGAUGUGGUUCACUGUCCACGAAAGUUUAACAACACGUUUCUGUCACACCUAACCAGAUGGAAACCCCAAGUUGAAAUGCGCAUGCGCACAGAGGUGGGAGUUUUCCCGAGAAGUUGGUCAUAUAAGUGUUCAGUGUGUUCAGUAUUUUAGAAACAUUGUAUCACUGUCACACGACCGAUGGAUACCUCGGACCCUCUAGCUCUGCAUCUUUUGAAUAACAGCAGUGUUAUAAAAGGAAAAGAAAAAACGCCCGUGUUCAGCCCGGUGAUGUCAUGUAAAGCCUCCAACAUGCAGAGGAUCAUGCAGGUGGUGCACAGGGUGGCGCAGAAGAGCUGCAGGAUGGUCUGUCAGAUGCUCUGCUGCCCCUUAGACAACCUGCUGUGUGAUAAGGUCGCAUGCUGCCCAGCUCAAAAUCAUCAAGCAAAGGAGGAUAAAACUACACAAGUGACAGCCUGGAAUCCGCCGUCUACCAUUUUGAUCGUGAACAUCAGCAACUCGACCCUGAUCGACUGUGUCAUUGGGAACGACAACUACCCAUCUGUGGUGGCACAGAGUCAGCCUCUAAUGCAGGAAUCUGACUUCCACAUGCACGAUCAGGCGACAUGCAGCUGCAGCUACGGGCAACAGGGAGCAGCACUGGCCUCUCUUCCUCCUCUUCCAUCAGCAGAACCUCCGAGCAUCAACAUCGACAGCUCCCAUCUCAACUGUGUCAUCAUCGGAGACAACAACUACAUGCACGCCGAGCAGAUCCACUCAAAUGAAACAGAUGAACCGCAAGUGUGAGGCUUUGACUGCACAGAGCUGACACCCACACUACACACGCUUAUCUGUCAUCUUUGACAGGACUUCAACUCAGUAUUAGGUCAAACACUUUCAGUCUUCAGACCACCUCUUUCCUACUGGUUUCAUUCUUGUUAUGGGUUUGCGCCUAUUGGCUAUAGACCCAAUGGUGUCUCUUCUACUCCUUUAACAUGAAUUCUAUGAGUAUCUUAACAAUUAUUUGAAUUAUUGUUUUCUAGGUGACUGAUUAAUUGUGUGGUCACAUAAAAUGUCAAAAAUAUGUUGGUCAAACGACUAAAAAACAUAAAAUAUUCAGUUUAAUAUCAUAGAGACCAAAACAAAAUGAUCAUAUAUUCACAUUAAAGAAGCUGGAGAGAAAACACUUAAAACGAUGAAUCUGUUACUGCUGAUUAAAUUCCAGCGGAUCGACUGAACUGUGAUGCUUUAAUAGGACUUAUUUUUCUCUGGUUUUGGUGUUGACGUGACUUGAAGCUGGUACUGGGCCUGACAUUUACUCAGAUCUGAUCUGAAAUCAUAACCAUAGCUCAACCCCAAAUGUUGUAAGAUUUCCAGUGUACGCACAAACAAACGUCAGCUCCACAAACAUUAUCCUUAAAAUAAUUCUCUUCAGUAGAGGAGUUUCCUGUUUUGCAAUGCUGGGGCUUCCGCUCCUCUGUCAUUUCAGUGAGGACAUAAAGUUGGGAGCAUUUUUUUGCCACAUUAAUUUCCCCUAUGGAUGUGACUUGUCUGUAAUGACUCAUCUCUCUAUGAUCAUCUGAUCUGAGAUCCAGUGAUCUGAUAUUUUGCUGUAGGAUUUAUUUCUUGGGAAAAUAACAUUGAA